GCUGCAGCUCCAGGAAGUGCUUCUAGUGAGGACGUGUCUGUGCCGGGCUGAGCUGCUGCUGCUGCUGGGCUCCGGUGAGUGGCCAGUCCUUCCAGCUGUUGGGAUCGCUGGCAUUUUCGGAGCCAGCCAUGGCUGACUCGACUGGGGUGUUGGAGCAGCUGCAGAGGCGCAUUCGAGAGCUGGAGGAAAAGCUGGCCCGGGAGACGGGCGGCGGGCAGACCCAUCGGGUGCGGAUCGAGAGGAUGAGCCCGGAGGUGACGGACUCCAACCCAUACAGUCGCCUCAUGGCACUCAAAAGAAUGGGAAUUGUGAAGGAUUAUGAGAAAAUCCGUACCUUUGCAGUAGCAAUUGUAGGCGUGGGUGGAGUUGGCAGCGUGACAGCUGAAAUGCUGACAAGAUGUGGCAUUGGUAAGCUGCUCCUGUUUGAUUAUGAUAAGGUGGAGUUGGCAAAUAUGAACAGGCUCUUUUUCCAACCCCAUCAAGCAGGGCUAAGUAAAGUAAAAGCGGCAGAGCACACCUUGAGGAGCAUCAAUCCUGAUGUCCAGUUUGAAGUACACAACUACAAUAUCACAACGGUGGACAAUUUUCAACACUUUAUGGAUAGGAUAAGCAAUGGUGGAUUAGAAGAUGGAAAACCUGUUGAUCUUGUAUUGAGCUGUGUAGAUAAUUUUGAAGCUCGCAUGGCGAUUAAUGCAGCCUGUAAUGAACUUGGACAAAUAUGGAUGGAAUCCGGAGUGAGUGAAAAUGCAGUCUCCGGUCAUAUCCAGCUGAUCAUACCUGGUGAAUCUGCUUGUUUUGCGUGUGCACCUCCGCUUGUCGUAGCAGCAAACAUCGAUGAGAAGACGCUAAAACGGGAGGGAGUUUGUGCUGCCAGCCUUCCGACCACUAUGGGAGUGGUUGCAGGCCUUCUUGUACAAAACGUACUUAAAUACUUGUUAAAUUUUGGCAGUGUGAGCUUUUACCUUGGCUACAAUGCGAUGCAGGAUUUUUUCCCCACCAUGACAAUGAAGCCAAAUCCACAGUGUGAUGACCGAAACUGCAGAAAGCAGCAAGAAGAGUACAAGAAAAAAGCAGCAGCAAGACCAAAAGAAGACAUCUUUGUAGAAGAAGAAGAAGAAAUAAUACAUGAAGAGAAUGACUGGGGCAUUGAGUUGGUCUCGGAGGUUUCAGAAGAAGAGAUGAAAGCUGCUUCUGGUUCAGCUCUUGAUCUUCCGGAAGGAAUCAUGCCAGCGUACACGAUACCAGACAAGGAAGAGAAAUCUAUAGAUGAAGCACCUGUUACAGAGUCAGAGGAAAGUCUAGAAGAACUGAUGGCUAAGAUGAAGAGCUUGUAAUACAAAUGAUUCUUCAAACAUUAGCUGCUCACAUCAUGAAGAUGAUUUUUGUAACCUACUUGCUCUUACACUGUGAAAGGUGGUAUUUGAUCAUGUACUUACUAAUUAAAUAAUUUAAAAUAGUUGCAGGCUUUGACUUCCAAGAAGAUAUGAGGGUCCACAUUUCCAAUGAAACGUAAGAGGACAAGAAGACCAAUUGUGGCAUAAAAUGUAGGGUGCCAGCAGCCUUUUUAGACCUGUUUAAGGAUGGAUAAAUUUACUGGUGGUAAACAUUUGUCUAGUGCUAUCAAAUUAAAAUGUUAGAAUUUUAAAAGAGCAUUCAUUCAGCUAAGCUUCUGUUUCAGAAAAUGAAAUUCUUCAAUGUUUGUUCUAGCCCUUAAUACUUCUAAAGUGCCAUUAUUAUCACUUCAAGUGUGUCACACUUGUCUGUUACUCAUUCAUACAACAGUCCGGGUAUACUUUGGCAGUAUUUAGCUCACCUCUGCAUAUUUUAUGGACCCCUAUGUGUUUCCUGAUUUGGGAAUCAAAAUGAUCUUGAUAUAGUUUGAGGUGAGUUGAAAAACUGUUGAAGGUGGAACAUACUGCUAGCCUUAGCUGAGCAGCAACAAAAAACAUCUCUAUGGCAGCUCAACAGAGCAGAAGAAAAAUGUGGGGGUGCUAACAGGUUCAGUUAUCUGUUUGAAGACUUGUAUCUGAACAAUUGCAUUCCCAUCUCUGUGUUGUAACAAUGAUUUAACUCAACUGCUGUUGUUCACGUACCUGUCAUGCUUAACUAGACACUAUCACAUGAGAGGCUCUGAAAAGUUACUUUGAAAUGAGCAGUGUCCAAUGACACCCUAAGCAUGGAGCAGUUUAGUCUCAUUUGAUAUUUAAAGAGAGGCAAAAAGAAAGAACAACAGCCUUUUCCGCACAUGCAGAAUAAUCCACAUUCAGUCCACUUUCACAAUUGUUUGAAAGUAGAUUUUGCUAUUCCACACAGUAAAAUCCAGCUUCAAAAUGGAUUGAAAGUGGAUUGAGAGUGCAUUAUUCUGCAUGUGCAGAUAUUUGCUGGGUUUUGAUGGAUGGAAAAUUGAUGGAUGGAAAAUGAUACUGACGCUCAGAACUAGAUAGUCCUGAGCUCUAAAUUAAAGUGGUCUUUGGCAAAUUGCAUAUGAAAGCAUUUGGAGCGGAAGGGGCCUUAGAGACAGCAAGGCCCUUAAAAAGGUGGUUUGAUGCUACAAAUUACUCCCUGUGCGCACAGAUUAUUUCUGCUUUAUUUUAAACAGCUUUUCUUACUUUAAUAAUAUUUAUUGAUAUGUUUUAGGUACAUUGUUAAAUUUGAUACGACCUCAAACAGAGAAGCGUGCUUAGAAUUAACGGUAUUAAGUACACUUAACAGUUUUGAAUUGUGAUAACUUUUUAGACACUUCUAAUAAACUACAGCUUGGUUGACUGGAAGGAUGUUUUUAUAGCUGUUUGCAGACAUUUGCUGGGUUUUGAUGGAUGGAAAAUUGAUGGAUGGAAAAUGAUACUGACGCUCAGAACUAGAUAGUCCUGAGCUCUAAAUCAAAGUGGUCUUUGGCGAAUUGCAUAUGAAAGCAUUUGGAGCACUACAAGGUUAGCUGAAGCCAAAGAGGCUUCUACAAAAAGAACUUUCGAAUGUUGAUAGUGAACGGUCUCGAGUUAUAUUGUGACUUAAAUUCAGCAUUCCUUAUAUGCUCUGCACUUACUAUUGCAGUACAUUGUGAGUUUAAAUGGGAUAACCAUUUUGCUUGGAAGUAAAUUAUUAACUGGGGAGUUCUAUGGCAGCUAACUAGCUUUUCCGUGGCCAAUACUUUUACAAAAUGCAAGGGUUUGCUAAAUGUAUUUACAACCUGGAGUGAAGACGUUAAAAAACCUCUAUCAUUGUAGUGUUUACUUUUGUUCUGAAUCUGGAUCAUCUUGCUGAUGUGUGUGGUUUUUUUGUACAAACUCUUCUCUGCUUGUGUUUGGAAAAGUAAGCAAAUACACAUUAAAGAAACAAAAUGAA